AUGGUGGAGUUAAUGGUGGAGUUAAUGGUGGAGUUAGAGGUGGAGUUAGAGGUGGAGUUAAUGGUGGAGUUAAUGGUGGAGUUAAUGGUGGAGUUAAUGGUGGAGUUAAUGGUGGAGUUAAUGGUGGAGUUAAUGGUGGAGUUAAAGGUGGAGUUAAUGGUGGAGUUAAUGGUGGAGUUAGAGGUGGAGUUAAUGGUGGAGUUAAUGGUGGAGUUAGAGGUGGAGUUAAUGGUGGAGUUAAUGGUGGAGUUAAUGGUGGAGUUAAUGGUGGAGUUAAUGGUGGAGUUAAUGGUGGAGUUAGAGGUGGAGUUAAUGGUGGAGUUAGGGGUGGAGUUAAUGGUGGAGUUAAUGGUGGAGUUAGAGGUGGAGUUAAUGGUGUAG